CUGACGUAUAAGGAAGUAACCUCAGCCGGUGCGUGUCCGUUUGUUUACAUCCCGCAGCGUUGCAUCGGCACCUCGUCGAGGAUUUCACUGGCGUUAGAAUUGCUUCCGGGUUUUCAAAUAGAAUAUUUGUAUGCGUUAUCUGGAAUAUUAACAUUAAUGCGUGUUGGUUGCGUUUGCUUUCCGACUAAUAUUGGGGACGGCAUCUUCCGACGAAACAUGCUAAUGCUAAAAAGCUCGACGCUUCCACCUUGCUGCCAACGAAGCUAACACAAAGAUGUUGCCUGUCACGAAGCAGAGAGAGGGUUCUGGAUGAUGUUCAGGAAUGAAGCAGGUGCUGAUGCAUCAUCAUGGCGUUUUCUGAGGUUGAUUGGGAUGAGGACGUCCCGCUCCCCAGGCUCGGUCCGGUCCAGGCCAGGAUCUCCGUGGGCCUGCUGGCACUGCUUUGCUUCAUCAACAGUUACGACGGCGACUUCGUCUUUGACGAUUCAGAAGCGAUCAUCAACAACAAGGAUUUGAAGCCGACGACACCCUGGGGCAACAUCUGGAGCAAUGACUUCUGGGGGAGCAACCUGAGUAGCAACUCCAGCCACAAAUCCUACAGACCGCUCACUGUCUUUACUUUUAGGUUGAACUACAUGUUGGCGGGCGGCCUGCACCCGGCGGGCUUCCACGCGCUGAACGUGGCCCUCCACGCCGUCAUUUCCGUCCUGAUGGUGGACGUGUUCGCGCUCCUGAUCGGCGGACUGGCCUCCGACGACGGGACUGGCGUCGUCGAGCGUGCUCCCAACACCUCCCUGCUGGCCGCGCUCUUCUUCGCCGCUCACCCCGUCCACACGGAAAGUGUGGCGGGCAUCGUGGGUCGGGCGGACCUGUUGUGCGCGCUCUUUUUUCAACUGUCCUUCCUCACGUACUGCAAAGCCUUCGACAGAGGUCUGGCCAAAGAUCGCGGCUUCUCUUUGCGGUGGAUUGCGGCGAGCCUUUCCCUGUGCGGCGCCGCCAUGCUUUGUAAAGAGCAAGGCAUCACCGUCUUGGGCGUCAACGCAGCUUUUGACAUCCUCCUUAUCUGUAAUGUCGACGUGUAUGAAGUGAGCCAAAGGCUGCUCCUCAGGAAGACCCCCCUUAACGCGCGCGCGCUGCUGCGGACGGGCCUGCCGACGCGAUUGGGCCUCAUGGCGUUGGGGGGCUUCUUCAUGCUGUACGGCCGCUGGAAGAUCAUGGGAACCGGACCCCCGGCGUUCACUGAAGUGGACAAUCCCGCCUCGUUUGCGGAGAGCGUCUUCCUUCGAGCGGUGAACUAUAAUUACUACUACGCUCUGAAUGGCUGGCUGCUGCUGUGUCCCUGGUGGCUGUGUUUCGAUUGGUCCAUGGGCUGCGUGCCGCUCAUUAAGUCGGGCGGCGAUUGGAGGGUGGUGUGGCCGCUGCUGCUCUGGUGCGUUCUGAUGGGCUUGGUAGGCCAAGCCUUGCGCUCGCCGGACGGCCGGCAGCGAAGGACCUUGAGCCUGGCCCUGGUGCUGCUGGUGGUCCCAUUUCUGCCGGCCUGCAACGUCUUCUUCCGGGUGGGCUUUGUCAUCGCCGAGCGCGUCCUCUACCUGCCCUCGGCCGGGUACUGCCUGUUGUUGGCCUGCGCCGUGGCUCGCUCCUGCCGCCGCUGGGUCAAGUACAAGAAGCUACUUUGCGUCUCCGUCUUGGCCUUGAUGGUCACAUUUACAGCUCGCUGCGCUGUCCGUAGCCACCAGUGGCGGUCGGAGCAAAGCCUCUUCACCAGCGCGCUGGCCGUGUGCCCCCUCAACGCCAAGGUCCAUUACAACGUCGGCAAGAAUUUGGCCGACAGAGGCGACGCCGCAGCGGCUGUCAGCUAUUACAGAGAGGCCGUCAGGCUUCAUCCCACGUACGUGCACGCCAUGAACAACUUGGGGAACAUCCUCAAGGAACGGAACGAGCUGAUCGAGGCGGAGGAGCUUCUGUCCAAAGCUGUUUCCGUCCAGCUGGAUUUCGCCGCCGCUUGGAUGAAUCUCGGUAUCGUGCAAAACAGUCUUGGCAAGUUCCAACAGGCGGAGAGGAGCUACUGGAACGCCAUCCGCUUCAGGAAGAAGUAUCCGGACUGCUACUAUAACCUGGGACGCCUGUACGCAGACCAGCAGAGACACCUGGAUGCUCUGAAUGCGUGGAGGAACGCCACGGUGCUUAAACCCGAUCACAGCCUGGCGUGGAACAACAUGGUCAUUCUUCUGGACAACAUCGGUAACUUGGGUCAAGCGGAGCUGAUUGGCCGAGAAGCUUUGAGGCUCCUCCCAAAAGACCACACCAUCAUGUUUUCACUGGCCAACGUCCUGGGCAAGCAAGAGAAGUACAAGGAAUCAGAGGGCCUCUUCCUCCAGGCUCUCCAGAUCAACCCGAACGCGGCUGGUUGCCAUGGCAAUUUAGCGGUGCUGUACCAUCGCUGGGGCAAGCUGGAGCUGGCGCAGAAGCACUACGAGGUGUCUCUCAAGCUGGACCCCGAGGCCCCGGGCACGCGAGACAACUACAACAUGUUGCGACGCAAACUGGACCAGCGCAAACGCCGCGCGCCCUGAGGGUACGCCCGCUGCCGACAUCAAACACCCGUCCUCGCAUUCCCGCUGAUUUUUUUCAUUUUUAUUUUUUUUGUAUAAACGCACCGUGCGUGGAAAUUAAAGGGCCGUUUUAUAGCUCC